AUGCUAGGGAGUGUAGGGUGCGCCGCUCGUGCCCGAGGGGCCCUACUAGAAACCGGAUUGAAACUUCGUCCCGGCAGUCCACAGCCCUCCUCCUACUGCAGUAAACAUAGUGCUUGCAUCCCUCGUGUCGUCACGCGUGGCAUGUUUCGUCAAUUGCAUACCAGAGCCUUUCCUGCCACUACAGCCGCUGCUUCCGUAGCUGCGCGUCCCAAAUACCAUCUUCCCUCCUACAACUUAAUCAGAACCUGUGGACCGUCAACAAGACCGCUUCCAUUAAUCAACAAUCUCCCACUGCGGGGUAAUAUCGGCACAAACGCAAACGCAAUCACAAACAAGCAACUCCACACAACCGCAGCAAUGGCAUCAGCAACAGGCUUCUACGACUUCAAGCCCCUCGACAAGCGUGGCCAGGAGGUCCCCCUCGCCGACUACAAGGGCAAGGUUGUCCUCGUCGUCAACACGGCCUCCAAGUGCGGCUUCACUCCCCAGUACGCCGGCCUCGAGAAGCUCUACAAGGACAUCAAGGAGAAGCACGGCGAUGACUUCGUCGUCCUCGGCUUCCCCUGCAACCAGUUCGGCGGCCAGGAGCCCGGUUCCGACGACGACAUCCAGAACUUCUGUCAGGUCAACUACGGCGUCUCCUUCCCCAUCAUGCAGAAGACCGACGUCAACGGCGACAACGCAAACCCCCUCUUCCAGUGGCUCAAGGAGGAGAAGCCCGGCAUCAUGGGCCUCAAGCGCAUCAAGUGGAACUUUGAGAAGUUCCUCAUCGGCCGCGAUGGCCAGGUCAAGGGCCGCUGGGCCAGCACCACCAAGCCCGAGAGCCUGGAGAAGCCUAUCCUCGAGGAGCUGGCGAAGAAAUAAAGCAACGUCGUGCGUGGAAUGAUACCCAGAGCGCGUUGCUCUGUAAUACCGAGGUCGGUUGGGAGUUGAGGGACAAGAGUUCCAUGGCGCCGGAAGGGCAGCCGCAGAGCGCCGCCAUCCCUUAGCCGGCCGGCCGCCUAUAUGUAGUCAACGAUAUGGAAUCAAUAGAAUGAUUCAACCUGCUUCGAC